AUGUCCUCCCAACCCAAGACCAUCCUCAUUACUGGCUGCUCUGCCCACGGUAUUGGUGCCGCCUUGGCCCUUGUCCUCGCCCGUCAGGGCCACCAUAUCUUCGCGACCGCUCGCUCCACCUCAAAAAUCCUGGAGUCACUGGUCUCGCUCUCCAACGUGCACGUGCUGCCGCUGGAUGUAACCGACCCCACGUCUAUUGCUGCCGCUGUCCGCGUUGUUACCGACCACGGCCAUGGACUGGACGUUCUAGUCAACAACGCCGGCAUGGGCUAUACUAUACCCCUCCUAGAUGUGAAUCUAGACCAUGCCAAGCAUGUCUAUGAGGCAAAUAUUUGGGGCCCGUUACGGCUGGUCCAGGGAUUUGCCGAUCUCCUGGUGCGGGCAAAAGGGCGGGUUAUAAAUAUAAGCAGUAUGGGGGCGGCGCUGAAUAUGCCGUGGAUUGACGCCCGAUAUUACUUGUGGGGCUGGGGGGAAAAAGGUAUCUACUCCUCUUCCAAGGCUGCUAUUGUGCAGCUCUCCGAGACCCUCCGCCUCGAACUGGCACCCCUGGGUGUUGACGUUGUGGUACUGCCGCCAACAUCGCGGUACGCAGCAAUCCGUGAAAUUAUCUCGAAUUGGGCGACAGGUCGGGCAAUCCCCAAGGGGGCGUCGGCCGAGGAGUUUGCUGAGUCCAUAGUGGAUAACGUGCUGGGUAGCAGUGGCGGGUUGGUAUGGAAGGGGCCGAAUAGCUUGGCCGUGAGAUUUGUCUCUCAGUGGUGUCCAGCUUGGUUAUUGGAUCGCAUGGUGAGUAAAGGACAGGGGUUGGAUAAGCUGGCGAAGAGUUUACGCGAGAAUUAA